CGCCGCUCUAUUUCGACCAUUGACCCGUAAAACAACCGCAGACAGCAUGGGAUCCAACGAUCUCGCACCGAGACUCCUAGCUCAGCUGGUAGACCAGCAAGCAAAAAGUCAACCCGACCGCUUGUAUUGUGUUCACCCAACCUCCCAAGAUGCCGAGUGCGAAUGGCGCCCGAUCACGUACCAGCACUUGUCGUGUGCCGUGGACCGUGUAGCCUGGUGGAUCGAGGAGAAGCUCCAGGGGAAAGAGAAACAGGUCCUUGCGUACAUCGGGACAAAUGAUCUGCGAUACUGUGCUUUUGCGCUCGCAUGCAUGAAAACAGGUCAUGUCGCACUACUGCUUUCCACGCGUAACUCGCAGCCUGCUUUCCACCAUCUGAUCUCAGAGACACGUUGUUCGGUGCUCGUGGAUGGAAGCGAACGAGCUCAAUUACAGAAGAUCAUCGAGGAGGUUGAUGAAAGUUGCUCAGAUCUUGGACUUGAGCGAUGGCGGAUGGCACCAUUUUGGGACAUUUUCGCAUCUUCUCCUGUCCCAGAAUAUCCUCACCUAGAAAGCUACACUGACAUUGAAGACCGUCCAACUUCGAUAGUCCAUAGCUCCGGGACCACGGGGAUGCCCAAGCCCAUCACGCUGACACACGGGUAUCUGGCAACCAUAGACCAGAUGCAGACCCUCCCUGUGCCUCCAGGUCGGGAGCCCGCCAUGGGCGCUCUACGGAACAUGGGCAAGAUGCGAUUUCUUCACGGGCCUAUGUUUCAUAUCAUGGGCCUGCUCUGUCUAGCUGAGUGUAUCUUCUAUGAAACUCCUUUCCUGCUGGCUCCCGAUCGACCUCUCACCCCUGAACUGUUCUCCCGCAUCAUGUCCGCCCCCGUUCCACCUCGAUGGGGUCUAUUCAGCCCCUUCCUCCUGCAAGAUCUCUGGUCCUCUGAACAAGGGCGACUGGCCUUGCUGCAACUGCAAGAAAUGAAUUUUGGUGGGGCGCCUCUCGCCAGCGCGAUCGGAGAUGCGAUCUCUACUCAGCUCCGGCUGCAGACACUAAUGGGCAGUAGCGAGACUGGUUACACGGCGACGCUUCUCUGCGAAGAUCCCGCAGACUGGGACUUUUUUGAAUGGAAUCCAUCCUUCGACCAUCGCAUGGAGGAAGCCGGUGAGGGUCUGUGGCAGCUGGUGCUCCCUCGCCCUUCUUCCCGCCGAUAUCACGGCGUCUUCCACAGCUUCCCGCAUCUGACCGAGUAUCACACCGGAGAUCUCUUCGAACCUCACUCUUCCAAGCCCAAUCUUUGGCGGGCCAAGGGGCGAGCAGACGAUGUCAUUGUGCUUAGCAACGGUGAGAAGCUGAAUCCCGUGGACGCCGAACGCCAUUUGGAAACCCACCCUCUUGUCCAUCGGGCGGCCAUCUUCGGUCAGGAGCGGUUUCAGGUGGCCUUGUUAGUAGAGUCUGAGUGGGACAGCCUGCCGGAAUCCUGGACCCAGGAGUCGCUCCUACGUGACCUGGCACCCAUUCUCGACGAAGCCAAUGGCUUGUUGCCGGCUCAUGGACAGGUCCACCGCACCCACAUUGCACUUGCAUCGCCCGAUCGACCUUUUGCACUGGCACCGAAGGGCGUACUGCGCCGGCGAGAAACCAGCCAACUUUACAAGGAUGUGAUUGAUGCUCUGUAUAACCCUGCACCAGAGCCUGGCAGCACUGUAGAAGAUCUGGACGCGCUGCCAGACUCAAAUCGUGAAGAGUUCCAGUUGUGGGUGCAACGCCUGGUGGCGAAGAUAUCAGGGGUCAGUGCCGUGGAUCCGAGCACCGACAUCGUCAACCUGGGCAUCGACUCCCUGCAGGUCGUUCGUCUUGCCCAGGGACUACAGGACGCUUCCAAUCGGAUCCGAGCGCCCCAUCCGCCAGCAUUCUCCUGGACCAGCGCCGCCGUUUAUGAACAUGCGACCGUGCGACGACUGGCCGAAGCGCUGUAUAAACAAAAGGGCCAGGGCUCUGGAUUGGAUAUUGCGGAGGGCCAGACACCCUCGUCUGUCAACUGGCCGCGCGACCAUACGCUGACCCGCGCGGUCUGGCAGCAGGCACAAGAUUUGCAGCUCCGUGGGAAGACCGUGCUGCUGACUGGAUCCACAGGCGAGCUUGGCAGCUACCUCCUACAUGAACUGCUACAGGACCCGACCGUCAUGCGGAUCUAUUGCCUUAAUCGCUCCGCGGAUGCUCAAGCACGACAGCUGGUCCAGCUCCAAGAGAAGAGGCUCGCAGACGGCUGGCUCCAGGAAACCUCCCGCGUACAUUUCUGGCAGGCCGACCUGAGCCAGGAGAGUCUCGGUCUGACAUCGGAUGCAUACCACCACUUGCGCGAGCGGGUCGACGUGGUCGUGCACAAUGCGUGGAUGGUGAACUUCAAUCUGCCCCUUUCGAGCUUUGAGACCCAGUUGGAGGGGACACGGCGCCUGCUGUCCUUGAUCGAGGGCUCGACCCGCCAGGCGGCCCUUCAUUUUGUUUCGUCGAUUGCCGCCGUCAGUGAUUGCAGGUCGGAUGCGCCGGUCACCGCCAGCCAUAUUACCGAAACGCUGCAUGACCCGUCCUUAGUCCUCCAUCAAGGUUAUGCGGAGUCGAAGUUUGCGGCCGAGGUAUUUUGUGACCUGUUCGCACAGGAGCGCCCGAACACGAUCGCCAUUCAUCGAGUAGGUCAAUUGGCAGGCCCUUCGCAUGCAAAGGCGGGCAUGUGGACUUCCCGCGACUGGUUUCCUGCUCUUAUCCGGACCUCCCACACCUUGGGAGAGCUGCCUGACAGCCUAGGGUCAAUUCCCGUGGAUUGGGUUCCAAUUGAUAUCGCUGCUCGAAGCAUUACCCAGAUCACCCUCGCGCGAUGUGGCGUCGACUCAUUGUGUUCGCCCCCGGCACGCCGUGCAGAGGUCUAUCAUAUCGUCAACCCGCAUACCAGCCCCUGGGAGCCACUGGCGCGGGUGGCGAGUCGUGCCUGUGGUGCUCAGAUCAUCCCCCUCAGAGACUGGAUCCAGAGCCUGGAACGACGGCUGUCGGACCCGAACCUGGAGCAGACCACCUUGCAAGACUUGCCUGCGGCAUCACUUAUAGACUUCUUCGCCGUGCUAGCCAGAUCCCAGGGCUGGGUACGACCUCCUGCGGAUACAAGCAAUGCGCAGAAGUUCAGUGCCGCCUUGCGCGGGCUGGGACCGGUAGAUGCUUCUUUGAUGGAAGUGUGGCUGCGACAGUGGAAGGGUUGGAUACCGGGGCUGCGUAUCUAGAAAUUGGCCUUUUCAUUUCGCCUCUUUGGGAAUGAAAGUGCGUUCAUGCGAGGUUGGUAAUCUAGGAAGCAGUAUGUCUUGCCGUCGAAUUCGUCAGGUAUACAAUCUGUGCUUUUCCCAGUGUGUUCAGUGGGGUUCUCGAU